AUGAUACAUCAAGGAAAUUCGGCUGCAGAAGAUUCGAGCAAUGCGCUUCGGGUGCCUGGUGGACGUGCCCACGAGCUGUCAGACGGUGGCGGCAAUCAGGGUCUCGCUCCAGUGAAUGUCCCUGAGCAGGCGAGCCCUCGUACAGAAGAAUCGUUAGCAACGAAUGGUUCACCGUCAGCCGUAAUUCGAGGCGCGGGUCAAAUGAGCAGCAACCCCUCUGACGCCAAUACCUUGUUACAGAACAAUCUUCUCGUGCUUCCUCGAUGGCAGCCAGAUUCAGAAGUCUCGACUUGUCCCAUUUGCAAUACGCCUUUUACAUUUUGGUAUAGAAAACACCACUGUCGGAAAUGUGGGCGUGUCGUUUGCUCGGGAUGCUCCCCACACCGAAUUACAAUACCACGCCAGUUCAUCGUUCGCCCGCCAGAAGAUGUUGUCCGUGACGAGGCAUGGAGGCGCCUAGCUGGAAUUGCAGAUGAUGCCGAAGAUGAUGCCGAUGCAGGUCAUCGAGCACGUUUAGAUUCAUCUCUGACUCAGGAAAGGCUCCUGAAUCCCGCACUAGGUGGUGGCGCUGAAGUUCGAAUCUGCAAUCCGUGUGUUCCAGACCCGAACUACAACCUGCCGUCUACGUUCAAUUAUACCAACUUGAGCAAUCCUUUUGUGGACGAGAGCAAUUCUCGCCAGUCCUCAUAUCUCUACACCGCCUCUGGCGCUUCGCAACCUACUAGCAAUCUCAGGAGAGGACAUAGGCCAACUCAAAGUGCUGAUGUCGCUCCUUCAUCCAUUUACGCAAGUUCAGAUGGCCUUCGCAACCGCUCAGCUACAUUCUCUCACCGUCGUCCGCGACCAAACCCUGUUUCUGGUACCUUUUCGGAGCCGCAGGUACAGUACGAUCGAAGCAACCUAUCUAUACGCAAUUCUAACCCUCUCUCGAAUGGUGAACAAACUUCUGCUCAAGCGAAUCAUGUGCGUUCCUUAGCUCCUUCCUACUACCGGCCCGCGCAGUUCAAUACUGGUGGGCAGAACAGUCAUUUCAGUGAACAACGAGCUAUUUCCAGAGGCUCCGGCGGCCCAGCACUCCGCACAGGCUAUCGUUCAAUGGUCGACGUGGGGUCCGUGGUUCCACGUCAACAGUUGCAUCGCCAAGCCUUGCGUGAGGAAGAUGAGUGUCCCAUUUGCCAUGCAGAGCUACCGCCGCUUUCAGACAACGGAAGCAGUCUGGAACGAGAACAGCAUAUCAAUGCCUGCGUUGACCAGGCAUUUUCUGGCGGCCCUCCUUCAAGGCCUCAUUCUGCUGCCCCUAUCGGGCAGAGCUCUGGGGCUGUAAUGGACGACGAUUCUGGGCCGCCGCUGCCAUACGGUGCGCUUCGCAGACCGAAAGCGAUGCUGACUUAUAACGCGACCGAGAAAGACUGCAUGGGAAGCACCGGGGAACCCCAAGAGUGUGUGAUUUGUUUCGAGGAAUUUGCUGCGGGAGACGAGCUUGGUCGAUUGGAAUGCCUCUGCAAGUUCCAUCGGGUACGUUAA